AUGUUUUCAUUUCUAAAGAAAAAAAAAGUGAGAAAAUCAGAUAAAACUGGUGAUAACCAAGGCUUUACAAGUAAAAGUGGUGAUGAUCAACAACAACAUAAACAGCAGCAACAACAACGUAGUGAAAAUAAAGAAAAUUUAAUUGAGACAAGUGAAAAAUUGUUACCUGCUAAAUCGACUAUUGAUUCCGGUGGUUUUGAUUAUUCUAAAGUGAAACAAUAUUCGUGUUCUGAUGAAAGUUCAUUUAGUAAUAGAACACCAGUUCGAACAUCGUCACCAUUAAUUGAUCGUUCAAGUGGUGGUGGUGGUGGUGAUGUGGGAGGAGAAGGCAAAUUAGUAACUGAUACCGUUACGUUGUGUGAUCAAUCAACAGAAAUGCAUGUCGAUGUUAUAAAUGGAAAAUGUUGCGAUUCAAGUGAACCAAAUUUAACUGAUGGUAUUUUACACAGCUGUUUACCACAAAAAGCACCAUUCUAUUCUUAUUGUAAUUAUUCUGCACGACGUCCUAGUUCAUCAUUUUGUUCGCAGUGUUCAAAUGAAAUGCAAAAGAGUUGUCUAAUUAGUGGAUAUACGGCCACUCAAAUAAGUGGCAAUGAUUUAAAUCGAGUGUUAACAUCGGGAUAUAUUAAUGGUGAAGAAAAUAUGGGCUAUUUGAGGCGAGGCGUUGAUCAUAAAACGCCCCAAUCACCACAUUUUCAUCGACCAAUCGGAUUCAGUUAUAACAGAUCCCAAGCGUUUUCUGUACCUGGUCAGAAAAAAGGAAUGAAAGCAUUGGUGACCGGUCAAUAUCAAAAAAUUCGAAAAAUAAGAAAAUCUGAUUCACCUCAACAUCCACCAUCUUCUGCAAUAUCAACAGAAUUAAAAAAUGAAGAACCAAUUCUAUUAUCACGUUAUUCAGGCGGCUAUGUUCCAGAUCCAAACCUACCAAAGAAAAUCGAAGGACUCGAUUGGCCUGGACCCGUUGCAAUACAAGCAAUGCCUGAAUUAAUGAAAUCUCAUCGAAGCAGAAGUGAAUCUCGAACAACUGAUAAAUCUUACCAUCAUCAUUAUCUUCGUACUCACAAUAACAGUCAUAGUCAAUGUUCACACGAACCAAUCACCGAUGACAGUAUGAAUAUUCAUCGAGAUGAUGAUAUCACAAUCACAACCGAUAUAAUUAAUAGCGGUAACGAAUUAGAUAAUGAAGAAGACGAUUAUGAUGAAACAGAUGAUGGAAAUGAAAUUCGACGAGAUUUAAAAUUAGAAAAAGAUAUUCAAACUAUGUCUAAGUUAAAAGAUUCAUCAUGGAUGGCACAUGCUAUGUUAGAAGACUUAAAAAAUCAAGAAAAAUUCAUAUCAAAACAAUUACCUCUCGAUCCAUGGAAAUCAUCACGAUCACCAUCGGCUGCUGUUGAACCGCCGAGAAAAACACGUUAUGAUUCACCAAAAUUUGCCUCACCAUCUCGUGUAUAUACACAUUCGUCAAACGAUGAAAAUCUUCUAUCAACAACUGUUUCAUCAUCGGUGACUGGUGCUGGUGGAAGUAAACGAAUUACAUUACCACGUUCCCAAGUUUUGAGGCCUGGAUAUGGUUUGUCUCUAUCACCGAAAGCACAAACAUUGCCAACUGGACUAGUGAUGCAACGGAGUUGUGAUAUGGAUAGUACAGAUUUGGGCACAAAUUCAUAUUAUUCAAAUGAAGAUCAUACUAAAUCAGCUAAAACGGUCGAUGUUGGUUUAACUGACGGAAGUUAUACACGACAAUAUCUUGAUUCUAGAAAUGCACAUUCUACACGUUCAGCCCCAAAUCUAGUUGGAAAUCCAAAAGCAUAUCCAUAUGAAGAAUUAAAAGUGAUGGCAAAAAAACGUUUACCAGCCGAUGUUGAUCGAGAUAGAUUAGAACGUCAUUUAUCUGAUAUUGAAUUUCAUACAUUAUUUCGAAUGUCUCGAAACGAUUUCUAUGCAUUACCCGAAUGGCGUCGAAUCGAAAUAAAAAAACGUUUAAAAUUAUUUUAA